CCUGGGAGCAGCUCCGAAAAAACCCAAACGCAAGAAAAGGCGCCGCCGGAACGUGAACUGCCUGCGGCACGCGGUGAUCUGGUACGAGGACCACCGGCAGCGCUGCCCGUACGAGCCGCGGCUGGCGGAGCUGGACCCGUCGGUCGGGCUCUACACCACGGCCGUGUGGCAAUGUGAGCGUGGCCACCGCUACUUCCAGGACCUGCACUCGCCCCUGCGGCCACUCAGCGACUCCGAGGGCGAGGAUGCCCUCGGCUCUUCCUCCUCCUCCUCCUCCUCCUCCUCGGGGGGCUGCAGCUCCGGCUCUGAGGCUGCUCCUGGGGGGGGUCCCACGGUCCCAGCGCCCCCCCCCGGGGGUCCAGCCCCCCCCCCCGAGGCUCUGGAGGCCGUGGUUUGUGUCCCCCUCCCCCUCCCAGCCCGGCCCACCCUCCUGCAGGGACCCCCCCUCCUCAUCCUCGCCGGGCCGGGCUGUGAGGCUUUGGGGGGCUGCACUUGGAUGUGGGGGGGCACGAGGUGCUGCUGGAAGGGGGGGAGCCUUCCCCGCCCCCCCCGUGGAGCCACACCUGCCUAAAACAGAGGAGGAUGAGGAGGAUCCCGUGCUGAGGCUGAAGCAGGAGGAGCUGCCCCCUCCCCCCGCAGAGCCCCCCCCUCCGGAGCCCCCCCCGGGAGCCCCCCCCGGCCGAGGAGAGCGAGGGGUCCACGAUCAUCUACGAGAUCCCCAAAGAGCCAGAGAGGCGCCGGCGGAGCAGACGGGGCCGAGCCCCCUCCCCAGAGGACCCCCCCUCACCCCUCAGCUGUCCCCACGCCGGCUGCGGGCAGGAGUUCAGCGCCGCCAGCAGCUUCCAGAGCCACCUGAAGCUGGCGCACCGCAGGGGCCGCAGCCAGGUGUGCCCCCAGCCCGGCUGCGGAAGAGCUUUUACCUGGCACAGCACCUGCGCCGGCACAUGGGCGUCCACUCAGGUGUGCGGGAGUUCACCUGUGACACCUGCGGGAAAUCCUUCAAGCGCAAGAACCACCUGGAGGUCCACAGGAGGACCCACACCGGCGAGACCCCCCUGCAGUGCGAGGUGUGCGGGUACCGCUGCCGCCAGCGCGCGUCCCUGACGUGGCACAUGAGGAGACACGGGGGGCUCAAGAGUCACCCCGAGCCCCGUGGCACGUAGGGGACCCCCUGGACUCACCUGGGGACCCCCUGGAUCACCUGGGGACCCCCUGGAGUCACCCGGGAUCCCCUGGAGUCACCUGAGACACCUCUGGAGUCACCUGGACUCACCUGGGGACCCCCUGG